AAAAGCAAGCAAAAAAGAACGAACGUAAGUCCUACCAAUAAAGAGAUCUGAAAGCAAAAAAAGCAGCGGAAGGGGCGAAGAGAGGGACGUCAAAAUUCUCACGCUUUCCUUGCCAAGAUCCUCCAAUACCCUUUUGACAUUCCAUUUCCGAGGUCCUCUACGCGCUCUGGAGCUCCUCCCCUUUUCGUUUCCAACGGCGAGAGAGACGGGUACGGCGAUCAUGGCAUAGAUUCGAUUCGACCUUGCGGUCGUUUUCUGUCCCAAGUGACGAACGAGGAGGAAUGAACGGAAUCGGCGUAGUUUGCUGCCGUGGGGCCACCGGAAUUCCGAAAGUCUCUUUUCAACCCGCUAUAAAUUUCCCCAGGAGGCGAAGGAGGUCGUCCCAUCGAUCCAUUCAUCAGCCACGGCUUUGAUUUCUUUGCCUUUGCGGUUCUAAAUUGCUCGGGGUCAUAGUCCUGCAUCUUCUUUAUCCAUCUAACGUCAAAUCUUUAUUCAACUGGACUGGUGACCAGAGAUGGGUUUCAAAAGUGUUUCAGAUGACAAAUUGAAGAGAACAGAGUCAUUUAGUGAUGGAGUGAUACAAAAAGGAAGAGAAAUUCUUUUUCAGGCUUUCAAUUGGGAAUCUCAUAAGUAUGGUUGGUGGAAGAAUUUGGAAAAGAAGGUUGCAGAUCUUGCUAAAUGUGGGUUUACAUCAGCAUGGCUGCCACCAGUAACCCAUUCAUUCUCUCCAGAAGGAUACCUACCGCAGAACCUCUAUUCUCUUGAUUCUUCUUAUGGUUCUCACCUGGAAUUGAAAGCUUUACUUCAAAAAAUGGAUCAAAACAAAGUCAGGGCAAUGGCUGACAUAGUUAUCAAUCAUCGAGUUGGGACUACUCGAGGACAUGGGGGAGCAUACAAUCGGUAUGAUGGAAUUCCGCUGCCAUGGAAUGAACAUGCUGUAACAUCAUGUUCUGGUGGACUGGGUAGCCGAAGCACUGGUGAUAACUUUCAUGGAGUUCCGAACAUAGAUCAUACCCAAGCAUUUGUACGGAAAGACAUAAUUGGAUGGCUAAAAUGGCUUCGCCAAAGUAUUGGUUUUCAAGAUUUCCGUUUUGAUUUUGCAAAAGGCUAUGCCCCUAAGUUUGUAAAAGAAUAUGUUGAGGAGUCCAAGCCAAUAUUCUCUGUGGGGGAAUAUUGGGAUACCUGCAACUACUGUCCUCCUGAUUAUCGCUUGGACUACAACCAAGAUAGUCAUAGACAAAGAAUCAUUAAUUGGAUUGAUUACACCGGAGGGCGUUGUGCUGCCUUUGAUUUCACAACAAAGGGUAUCCUUCAGGAAGCAGUUAAGGGAGAGCUAUGGCGUUUGCAUGAUCCUCAGGGGAAGGCGCCUGGUGUGAUGGGGUGGUGGCCUUCAAGAUCAGUUACAUUCAUUGAAAACCAUGACACAGGAUCAACUCAGGGUCAUUGGCCUUUCCCAGUUGAUCACGUUAUGGAGUUUGCCAACUUGCUUUUCAGGGAUAUGCAUACAUCCUCACACAUCCUGGGAUACCAAGCGUUUUUUAUGAUCACUUCUAUGAUUGGGGUGACUCCAUUCACAACCAAAUUGCGAAACUGACGAACAUCCGGAGACAACAAGAUAUCCACAGCCGAUCGACAAUCAAAAUUCUGGAGGUCCGGUCAGAUCUCUACUCUGCUAUCAUUGACAAUAAAGUGUGCAUGAAGAUUGGGGAUGGGUCAUGGUGUCCAAGUGGCAAGGAGUGGAAACUAGCGACCAGUGGCCAUAGAUAUGCAGUGUGGCAUAAGUAGAAUUCUGCAUUGGAGAAAAUAAGCUUGUACCUGCAGAAUUAAUACUGAUGCUUGUAGAACAUUAUUACUAUAUGGGAUUGAGAAAUAAUAUCAUCUUUUUAUAUUUAGGUCAAA